UCAGCAAACGUAACAAGACGAUAUAAAAAUACAGAUGAAAUUUUUAAGGAAAAAGUGUUGAGGUGCUUUUGAUAUCAUUCAGGCGAGAUUAUUGUGAGAUUUGUUGAUCUUGCAACCCCCGUAGAGUGUUUUUAGUGCUUUUAAAACAAGUUUAUGAAUAUGCCUUUUUUCAAACUUGAGGCAUGGACUACGAUUGACUGUCAUUUGGUGAUUCUGAAAUGUCAAUGCCGACUUAAUAAAGAAGCUUUGGUUUCUUGAUUCGGUCUUUUUGAAAUUUCAAUAAGGAGUUAAUGAAGUCUUCUUGAACAUAAUAAUGCCGUAUGAAGAGGUGAUAGUGGUGUUUUUGAAAUUCCAGAAUGGUCUUAACGCUCUGCAUUUGGCUGCCAAAGAUGGGCAUGGGGACAUUGUUAGGGAACUGUUAAAGAGAGGGGCGAUUGUCGAUGCCGCAACGAAAAAGGGAAACACUGCGCUACAUAUAGCUUCUUUAGCCGGUCAAGAGGAAGUGGUCCGAAUAUUAGUACAACAUGGUGCUUCUCUAAACGUCCAAUCUCAAAAUGGAUUCACUCCUUUGUACAUGGCCGCACAAGAAAAUCAUGAUGGAGUGGUGCGAUAUCUCUUAUCGAAAGGUGCUAACCAAACUUUGGCUACUGAGGAUGGUUUUACUCCACUGGCAGUGGCCAUGCAGCAAGGUCACGAUAAAGUGGUGGCGGUGCUUCUGGAGAACGACGCCAGGGGGAAGGUACGACUUCCGGCACUUCACAUUGCCGCCAAAAAAGAUGAUGUCAAAGCCGCGGCGUUGCUUUUGCAAAAUGACAGGGACCCGGACGUGACGAGUAAGAGUGGGUUUACACCGCUGCACAUUGCGGCGCAUUACGGGAAUGACAAGGUUGCCAGUUUACUCUACGAAAAAGGUGCCGACGUGAACUACACAGCGAAGCACAACAUCACCCCGUUGCACGUGGCCAGCAAAUGGGGCAAGAUUAAUAUGGUGACUUUGUUGAUCGCUAAAGGGGCCGACAUACAAGCUAAGACCCGCGAUGGACUGACGCCCUUGCAUUGCGCUGCAAGGAGCGGACACGACCAGGUGGUUGAUCUGUUAUUGGAAAAUGGGGCUCCGAUACAUGCUAAAACUAAGAACGGCUUGUCUUCCCUUCACAUGGCCGCCCAAGGGGAGCACGUGGACGCCGCCCGUGUUCUUCUCUACCACGGCGCCCCUGUGGAUGACGUCACAGUCGACUACCUGACGGCCCUUCAUGUGGCCGCACAUUGUGGCCACGUACGUGUGGCCAAACUGCUACUAGACAGAGGCGCGGACCCAAACUCCAGGGCGUUGAAUGGGUUCACUCCACUUCACAUUGCGUGUAAGAAGAAUAGACUCAAGGUGGUGGAGUUGCUGUUGAAGCAUGGAGCCAGUAUAAGUGCGACAACUGAAAGUGGUUUGACUCCUCUCCAUGUAGCUAGUUUCAUGGGUUGUAUGAAUAUCGUCAUAUAUUUAUUACAACAUGAAGCUAGUCCUGAUAUACCUACCAUCAGAGGAGAGACGCCUUUGCAUCUGGCGGCUAGGGCCAAUCAGACAGACAUCAUCAGAAUUCUUCUCAGGAAUGGCGCAGCUGUGGACGCACAAGCCAGGGAAGAACAGACUCCACUUCAUGUUGCAUCCAGAUUAGGCAAUGUUGACAUCGUCAUGUUGCUCCUUCAACAUGGAGCACAACCACAUGCCACUACCAAAGAUCUUUAUACUCCGCUGCAUAUUGCCGCUAAAGAAGGACAAGAGGAGGUAGCGUCGGUUCUUCUGGACAAUGGCGCAGACUUGACAGCCACGACGAAAAAAGGCUUCACACCUCUGCAUCUAGCAGCAAAAUACGGCCAUCUCAACGUGGCCCGUUUGCUAUUGCAAAGGGAUGCACCGGCUGAUGCGCAAGGCAAAAAUGGCGUCACUCCUCUACAUGUUGCUGCGCAUUAUGACCACCAACCUGUUGCAUUACUGUUACUUGACAAAGGUGCUUCUCCACACGCCACUGCCAAAAAUGGACACACUCCAUUGCAUAUUGCUGCCAGAAAGAAUCAAAUGGACAUUGCUACAACCUUACUAGAAUAUGGUGCUCAAGCAGAUGCUGAAUCUAAAGCCGGUUUCACACCUCUACAUCUUAGCUCACAAGAAGGUCAUUCUGAUAUGUCGUCGCUUCUGUUGGAGCAUAAGGCCGAUCCUAACCAUGCAGCUAAGAAUGGUCUUACACCUGUGCACCUCUGUGCCCAAGAAGACCGAGCAUCUGUGGCCAAACUUCUCCUUCGAGCUGGCUGUGAUCCAAAUGCUCGUACUAAAGCCGGUUUCACACCUCUCCACGUGGCUUGUCAUCACGGACACGUCAACGUUGCAAGGCUCCUUAUCGAACAUAGCGCUGACGUGAAUCCAGCAACUCAAGCCGGUUAUACACCUCUGCAUCAAGCUGCGCAACAAGGACAUGUUUUGGUAAUCGGGUUGCUUCUCAGGCAUAAGGCUGAUCCGAAUGCUGUCACUAGUAGUGGACACACAGCUCUGGGCAUCGCCAACAAACUAGGCUACAUCAGCGUGGUAGAAGAACUGAAAGUAGUGACAGAAACGAACAUAACAACAACAACAACUGUCAAUAUUGAAGAGAAAUACAAGGUCGUGGCGCCAGAAGCUAUGCAGGAGACCUUCAUGUCAGAUUCUGAGGACGAAGGUGAUGACCCACCGAUGGGCGACCAACAGCAGUACCGGUACAUGACUGUGGAUGACAUGAAGUCGCUUGGUGAUGAUUCUAUGAGAAUGGACGUUACUAGAGAUGAGAAGGGUGAAUACAACAGGAAUUCGUUGGCCCCAUCCCACAUGAGCAACGAGCUAUCAAUAAACAAAUGCUAUUCCCCCCUCCUCCAAGCUGACAUAGACAACGUUGACAUUAACCGGCAUCCUGUCACAGCAGGCUUGUGCAGUGAAGAUUGGGCUGAUCUAGAGUACUCUUUGAAACGAAUGCAAUUGGUGGAGAAAAUCAACAGGCGCAGAGCCGGCCUUUGCAGAGAAAGCUUCCUGGUUUCCUUUAUCGUGGACGCCCGCGGAGGAGCCAUGCGCGGCUGCAGGCACAGUGGCGUGCGAGUCAUCGUACCCCCGAAAUGCGCUGGACAACCUACUAGGAUCACUUGCCGGUACGUCAGACCUGUCAGGACUCCCCACCCACCACCACUGAUGGAAGCCGAGGCAUUGGCCAGCAGGCUGUUGGAGUUGGGGCCUGUUGGAGCCAAAUUCUUGGGACCAGUGAUAAUAGAAGUACCGCACUUUGCUUCUCUCCGUGGACAACAACGAGAAAUCAUUGUACUGAGGUCAGACAAUGGAGAAACAUGGAAGGAACAUACAUUGGAAGCAAAUGAAGAGGCUAUACAAGACGUGCUCAAUCACAGUUUUGAUGGAGAAGAAUUGAAUCAACUGGAGGACCUUCACACGAACCGUAUCACUAGAAUUCUGACAAACGACUUCCCGCACUAUUUUGCUGUGGUUUCUAGGAUAAGACAAGAAGUCCACGCUAUUGGACCAGAUGGUGGAACGGUCUCAAGCAUUGCCGUUCCAUUGGUUCAAGCCGUCUUCCCUCCAAAUGCUUUGACCAAGAAGAUAAGAGUUGGUUUGCAGGCUCAAGCCAUAGAUCCAGAGUUAGUCUCCAAACUGCUCGGUCACGGAGUUGCAGUCUCUCCAAUAGUUACAGUUGAACCUCGGCGUAGGAAGUUCCACAAGGCUAUAACGCUCAGCAUGCCCGCUCCUAAAGCCCACACCCAAGGGAUGAUCAACCAAUACCAAACCAGUGCCAAUAGUACUUUGAGGCUGCUCUGCUCCAUCACAGGUGGUCAAAGCAAAGCCGUAUGGGAAGAUGUGACAGGUUCGACGCCGCUGACGUUUGUCAAAGAUUGCGUUUCCUUUACGACAACCGUUUCCGCCAGAUUCUGGUUGAUGGAUUGCAGAAACAUCUCAGAUGCGGCCAAAAUGGCCACAGAGCUCUACAAUCAGGCAGCUCAUGUACCAUUCAUGGCGAAAUUCGUGGUAUUCGCAAAAAGAGUGUCUCCUUUAGAAUCAAGAAUAAGGGUAUUCUGUAUGACAGAUGACAAAGAAGAUAAGACGUUGGAACAUCAAGAACAUUUUACCGAGAUCGCCAAAAGUCGAGAUAUAGAGGUGCUUGAAGGAAAAGACAUCUACAUGGAAUUCGCUGGGAACCUAGUACCGGUACUCCAAUCUGGAGAUCAACCUAAAUUUGGAUUUAGAGCAUUUAGGGAAAAUAGGGCUGCAUUCAAUAUGAGAUUACGAGAUCCCGAUGAAGAAGCGGCAGGCAGAGUUGUAUUCAUGACUGACCCGAAAGUAGCCAAAGGUGAACCCACUCAAACACCACUUUGUACACUCAACCUCGUCCUUCCUAAAGACAUCGUGCCAAAUCGAGAUUCGCAGUCUGAUCUUCUGUCUAUCGAUAAAGACCACAGCUAUCUGGUACAUGGCGGGAUCAGUAAACCUGAUACAAUACACAGGGCAGAUUUCCGUUUAUCAGAUAUCUGCAACCUUCUAGACGAAGACUGGGAAAAACUGGCUAUGGAACUCGACAUACCUCCAUCAGAUAUUCACCUGAUAAAGGAAGAAUAUCCUGAGAGCAUCCCACAACAAGCUAUGAUCAUGUUCAGAUUGUGGUUGAGGCAAAAAGCUAAUAAAGCUACUGGCAACAAAUUAGAACAAGCCCUAAACAAAAUCGGACGCCAAGACAUUGUGAACAAAUGCAUUUGUAACGUUGAAUUGGUGACAGACGACAUGGAAAAAGCCUUGGCUAAGUUGCAUUUGGACCAAUCAGGUUUCGAGGCCUUCAGAGACGAAAUCGGACAUUCCAGAGAUACUUCAUUGAAGAGAGAUAUGCACUUAGAUAAGGCGUACUUUAGCAGUCAAGAUGAGCUGGAUAAGACUGACAGAAGUGAAAAAAGUGAUAUACAAAACCAAAACUCUACAAGAAAAGACAUAACAGACAGCAUUAGUGAGCAUGUAGUGUCGCACGCUGAAAAACUAGACAAUAGACCUGAUACCCCUGUCAACUCUAAUGUUGAAAUUUGCCAGAAGAUUACUGAACAUGCCCAGGUGACUUCAACGCCGAAACCUGUAAGCGAUACACCUGUUCACACAGAUGACAAAAACGCUAAUGCGAGUUUCAUACAACACGAAAUUGAAAAUGAUACCAACUGUAACUUUAAUGUUGAAACAUUGUCACCCGUCAAAGGAACAUCAGGAGAACCUACUCUAUCAGACGAAUUCAUCAAAAAAGAAAUUAUGACCGAAGCAAAAAUUAUACCAAAGGUUGAAGAAGAAGAAGAACAAGUAUCAAAUCUAACAGAACAUCUUAUCAAAAAGGAAAUUGUAACAGAAGUAAAAAUUGAGCCGAAGGUUGACAGAGUACCCUCAGAUCAAACUUUCAAAGAGAAUAUUGAUUAUACGUUAACAAAAGAAGCAGUGACAGUUGCAAAGCAAGAACCUUUUGAAGUAAAGAUUAAGAAAUCUUCAGAAGAACUAAUAAAGAAAGAGGUCGAAGAAAAAAUAAAGACUGAUAUAAAGAACGAAGAGGUCUUAGAACCUUCAGAAGAUAUGUUGAAAAAAGAAAUUGUUCAGUUGGAACAAGAACAACCUAAAAAAGAGAUAAACACUCCAGUUCCCUCUGCACCUCCAACAGAAGAUUCUUUCGACGAUAGAAUAGCUGUUUUGAGAAAGAACGUUAGUGACACUCUUACCUUUUUGCACCAAGAAAGAAACGAUUUUCUACCUGAAGAAGAUAUUAUCAUCCCUAGCAGAAAAGAUGACCAUGUAGCUAAAAGCAUAGACCUCGAAAUUAUUGCAUUAAAGACUCCUAAACGAUCCACCAGUGACUACAACGAAAGUUUAAGAGAACAAGUUCUAAAUGAAGUUGAGGAUGUGAUACGUGAGGCAGAAGAGGCAGUGAGCUAUAGGUUGAGUGAAUUGACAGAUGACAGAACUAGUAAAGUGUUGAGGUUCAAAGAAGAGUUAGAGGAAGAAAUCAUACAUGCCAACGAUAGUGUGUUUGACGAUGUCAAGACCGUGACUGAAGAUUCUCUGGAUAACCUGGAAAGUCUCAAGGAUGACUCAGUUUCUGUGGCUCAAGAUAAAAGUGAAGAAGCGUUUAGAUUCUUAGAGAAUGAAGAUUCGAGUCCUAUAAGUGUUAAAAGUGAACAUGAGUCUUUUGAAGUGACACCGAAGAGUCCAAAGAGUCCAAGGAGUGGCAUACCUGUAGCUAAGUCGAGGAAAGUCGUGGAAAAGGAGAAAGAUAUAGAUUUGUUGUUUAGUGAAGAUAAGGAAAAAGAUGUAACUAAGAUACCUGUUGCUGUAAAAGGUGCUAAGAUAAAGACUAUCAAGAAACAUUCUAAAGAUCCUCUAAAAGAGUUUGUGACAUUGUCUAAAGACGUGAAUUGGGAUGAUGAUGAAGAGACUGCAAAAAUAAUAGAUACAGUAACGACAACAGAUGCUACAGGUAAAACGACAGUUACCACGACAGACAUGAGUGGUAGGACGACAGUAACCACCACUAGCAUAGACCCAACAGGUAAAACUGUAACUACGAGGGUUGAAAGUAAAAUACCAGUACUUAAAACGCCGGAGAAACGGGUGACUCAGAUGGAUUCAGAUUCGGACGAAGAUAGUAGGGGUAGGAGUCCACCGCUUAAGGGGAUCCUUAAGAAGAGUCAGCAACCCCUUAUAGGGGCAGCGAAGACUGUGGGCAGCUCUAGUGGGUCUGAUGUGGCGUUGUAUGAGGGGGAGCAGUUGAGCGAGGAUGAUUCAGCUACAAACCCCUCUUCCUGUCAAAGCAAAACCUUAGAGAUCUGGCAUGUACUUUACCCACUAGUGUGGUCAUUUCUCGCAUUGGCUACAAGCAUGAUCGUGUUGGCACUGCUCGCACAAAACUAACGAAGACUUUUAUCAGCAAGAACCUCAAUAUACUAUUACGACAACGGAAGAGAUAGAUCCAGUCACUGGGGCUAAGAUAUCCAGGACGAUCAGAACCGCGACCAGUCAACAUACAGUAGUCUCACCUCAUGACGCUAGCGAAGGAGAUUUCCACCAUUCCAUUCAAACUGUCCUGGAUCAGUUCAUGACAGAGGAACGGAACCCACAUUGAAGUCACUAUUGUGACUCGUACGAUACGAAGAAUCCGUUUAGGAAGUUAUAUAAUGAUUAAGGUUACACGCUGUUUCUCAUCUAGGUCAAAGCUUACGGAGUAAAAACAUCAUAAAUCACCGAUCAGUCCUUAUACAGAGCAAAAUGAUGGUAUCUUUGAAUAUGGGCUUCACCACGACCUAAAGUAAUUUCAAGGUCAUGGAAUAUUAUCAAGUGGAAUCCCAUUUUUUACACCAGAACUGGAAAGAGGGGAAAAUUCUACAUCCGAAUAUGACCUGGAUCAUAACAAUGACCUCCAAGGCCAUUUCAAGCUCAAGCAGACAUUUAAAAUAAUUGUCUCUAGCAAAAUUAUCCAAGUGGACAGUUUUGUGAUUGGUGGGGGCCUCCCAAAGGUGACCUUGACGUUCAAGGUCAAGUUAAAUUUUUCAUAGGAAACCCCCCUCAAUUUUCUUCUGGAAUUGGAAAGAGCAGGGAAUGUGAUGGUCAAGGUCGCCUUUGGGUGAUCCUCACAAAGCUUACAACUGUUUUCGAACAUUUUUGACAGAGCCAAUUGUUUGCAAUGUGAUGACUUGACCUUGAAUGUCAUGGUGAUGAUCACAGUCAAAGACAUAUUCGGGGGUGAAAUUUUCUCCUCUUUGCCAGUACCGGUGUAAAAAGGGGAGGCCCAUUUGAAAAUAUUCGUUUGUCCUUGAAAUGGCCUUAAAGGUCACCAUCGUUUUGUCCCCUGGAAACCCUACACCCCUUUUGUUUGAAACUUUGUUUCAAUGAUGCGUAGUUUUAGAAAUAUUUAGAUGAGGAAAUUAUGUAAAAAUGCAAUCUGACAGUUGCGACUGUAAAAUUCGCACUAAAGCAUAUGCUUUAAAUAUUCUCAUUUACUUCCUGUCAAAACAAAUAUCGGGGCGCGAUGUUCAAAUUCGCGCGCUCCCAUUGGCCAGCGAGCAACAAAUGCCUGGGCAGGCUGCAACAAACGAAUAGAAGCCCGAUUGAGUUCUCAUGUUUGUUGUAACGCGGAGCAAAUGAGGUUUCAAUAUUCUAUAGGUGCUACUCUGUUCAGAUGCAGGAAGAAUGUGGCUAAUACAUUCGCUUAUAAUUUUUGUAAAAAUCUCUGGUUGAGAGUAGCUUUUCGAUUGCAGUUAGGCCUUGAAAGGAACCAGUGCUGCCAAUCAACUACUUUUUAUUCUGUAAACUUUGCGACGCUAGCCCUAUAAGAGGUCAAUGUACAGGGCCAAAUUACAAGUCAGUGGAAGAUGCUGAUAUCUGUCAAAUUAUGUGUGUCUGUACAAACGAAAGUACCUAGAGGAUACUGUUUGUCAGUUAUUAGUCUCAUUGUUCAAAACCAAUUUUCCAACAGAACUUUAAUAUUCUAGUUCACCAAGGCAAGACAUCCCACCAAAUUUUCUUCUCCUUCUUUCUCCCUUACUUUAUCUGCCCUGUGGCCUUCGCAGGGGUGUGUCGGGGAUUUUAGGUUAGAAAAAAUUGAAUUCCUAAUUAUUGUCGGUUCUUUUUCGGUACUAAACUAUACUUAUAUUUUCAUAAAGUGGCGGAGAGCUCAAACAUUGUGAUAUAUAACUUUAUGAAAGCAGACUUUUUGCAGCGCUCUUCUGUAAGGCCGUUGGAAAUGGCAGCUACAUAUAGCGGAUGUGUCUAGCUUCAUAUGUCAAAAAUCGUUCAGCAGCUUCAGCGCUGUAUUGUGACUGUUGUUAAACGCACACUUCUUACGAUACCGAAACCUUAUGACAAAUGUCAAGUUAAAUUGGUUACCUGGCAGAGAUACCUAGGUACUACGUUUCUACUUAAACAUUUUCGUCGUGAAACUUCGUUUUAAAAGUGAGAUUUACUUUGAAUAUUCAGUGAUAGUCCAGGUACUUGUAGCCGAAAUAGUGCGGGUAACAGAUUUCAGAAUCAAAAUACAGUUAAAUACAAACUUCUUUUUGUCUCUGCGACGAAAUAAAUGCGCUAGACAAUGAAUGCAAAAUCUAUAUUUUCAAAGGUUCACUAUAAUAAAUAUCCAUCUUCAAUCAUAUAUGCCCCUUUAAAUAAAAACUUAGACAAUGUUAGUUUCACCUUAUCCUUACAUUUGUACCUGCUUUUCUGUUUACCAUACUAUUUGCGCUACAUUUUCCUUGAGAUCCGACUCAUUAUGUAAUUUUCCAAAUAUUUUUUCUGUUGUAUGCUUAUUUAUUAUAUACAAUUAAUUAUUGUACAUCAAAUAUUGUUUACAAAAUAUUCCAAGUUAUAUAAUAUAAAUUAUUUUUUUAUUUAAUUUUAAAGGAGACCAAUAAGUACGUACGUUAUUAUAUUUUAAUACUUAUUGUAAGUUUGACAAGUAUUCUAAACAUAAGUGUACAUUUUAUUAUAAAAUAUUUUCACAUACAUAUUAUAUACUGAACUAAUUCUAUGAGGGUUAUGAAUUUUUAUCAAGCUUAGCUAAAAUGUUUUAAGAUGGUGUCGAGCUUGCUACAUAAGAGUUUUCAGUAUAAGGAAAAAGUCUGUCAUUUUCAGGAUAUUGUUUCAGUGAUAUUGGAUGCACCAACCGAUCUGGCAGUUGGGUUUCAGCUAUAAUGCAGGCUUACGUCCUCAUGCAGAACUCUGUUAUGGCUUAAGUCGAACAGAUAUCUGUAUUCAAAGUUGAAUAAUACUUAGACAAAAUUAUAGUGCCUAGAUUUUACCCUUUUCAAAAAAUUGUACGGUAAUGGCUGAUAUUCAUACUUUUAGGUCGAACUUUUGUUUGGAGUUGUUCACUUGGAUAUCUUUCUUUUCUCAAAAAUAAUGAAAAGAUUUGUUGAAAGAUAAUUAUAGAUUAAAAAUUUUGGUAUUCAUUUCUAUUAAGGACCCUCAUUUUCUAUAUUUUAUAUUUUUUUAUUGAAUUUCUUAUCAAAGCAAAGUAGACUCCAAAUAAAAAUUUGACGUCUCUUUACGCAGUCCCCUUCUAACAAUAGAUUAAUUGUUGAAACGUAUUUAUAAAGGACUGAAGUUGGUUUAAAUAGAACUUUAUUCUGUUGAACAUUUAGGUGAAAAAGUUAUCACAAAUGAUACUGUUUUCGUUGUGGUUAACAAUAUGCAGUUGUAAAUUUUUUCUAUAUAAGUAUUUAUGCUUAUUCUGAGAAUAAUUUAUCGUAGAAACGUUUGCUUUAUUGUAAUUUUUUGGAAAAUAAAAGGAUUAUGUGUGGU